CCGUUGCUCUGGAGACGCACUCCGGGACUUGGGGGCCGCAGCAACCGCCCGGGCCUCGCUCUAGACAUCCUCCGGAUCCAGACGCCGGAUUAUGGCCGCGUCCACCCGCGGCCCGUCCUUAUCGGUCGGCACCGCCGAGGGCUUGUUCGAUGCCGACAGGAACUCGGGGGAACCCGAGAACACCUAUAUUCUGAGGCCCAUUUUUCAGCAAAGGUUUAGACCCUCUGUGGUUAAAGACUGCAUACAUGCCGUGCUCAAGGAGGAACUGGCAAGCGCUGAAUAUUCUCCAGAUGAAAUGCCUCAUCUCACAAAACAUCUAUCAGAACUCAUUAAAGAUAAACUAAAAGAAUUGGGGUACGACCGGUACAAAAUGGUGGUGCAAGUAGUGAUUGGAGAGCAGAGGGGUGAAGGAGUAUUCAUGGCUGCUCGGUGUUUCUGGGAUGCAGACACUGACAAUUACACCCAUGAUGUCUUCAUGAAUGAUAGCUUAUUCUGUGUUGUAGCAGCGUUUGGUUGUUUCUACUAUUGAAUCUUUGGAAGGAGUGACUGAGACUACGAAGAUGCCUUAACUUUUCCAUAUUGUUAAAUAUCCCAACCAAAUAAAAAUAAGAUGGCACUUUGGCACCUAAAAUCUGUUGUUUAGGUUUUAUACACCUAAUGGUUUGACUUUAUUAUGCUAUCUGAGCUCUUACUACAUUUGUUUAGUGUCAGGGUCUGAGAAAUUUCCAGUUGUAUGUCAAGUAGAACCCCUUAAAAUUUGGAGACUCCUGUGUUGGCUACAAUCUGUACUAUUUUUUGUGAUGACCAUCUUCCCCAGAGAGGCCCUUGUGUCUCCUCCAGCUAGCUGCCCUUAUUUGGGCCAUUUUAUCUGCCGUGUCCAAAUACCCACUUGAACUUAAAGGGGUGUGUGUGUGUGUCAGAUUUUAAUCACUUGGAAGCACCUCAGCAGAUGCACACGUUUGCCCAUCCUCUUUCUUCUUGGUUAUCUUC